AUGAAGAUCUCCUCGAUCUUGUGCCUCGGCCUGGUGGGCGCUGCUGUCGCGUCCCCCAGCGCAAUCAGCAAGAGGAGCACCAUCAGUGAAAUCCUCGCUGAUAUCGAGGAGGCUGCGACCUGUACCGCCUGUGAGGCGCUGCUGGUUGUGCUGAAAGUGCUGGCCCACCUGGGCAACGAUGACUUUGUCGAUGUGAUCACCGAGGUCUGCAUCUUGGCAGGAAUCGAUGAUGACGAUGUCUGUUCCGGUUCGAUCAGUCUGGAGGGCCCUAUUCUGGCGCACGACCUGCGGAACAUGGAUAUCCCCUCGCACACGGCCCAGCUCUUCUGCACGACCGUUUUCGGGCUCUGCGACUACCCGGCCGUGACGGCGUACACGGUGGACUUCCCCUCGGCCAAGCCGGCCGAUGCGGUUCGGCCGGCGUCGAGCGGCGAGACGCCCAUCAAGGUGGUGCACAUCAGCGACAUCCACGUGGACCUGUACUACGAGACGGGAGCCAACUACAACUGUACCAAGCCGAUCUGCUGUCGUCCGUAUGACACGGCCGACGAGCCGGGCAACACGGAUUACCCGGCGGGCGAGUACGGCAACCACAACUGCGACUCGCCGGUGGUGCUGGAACAGAGCAUGUACGCGGCGAUCCAGGAGUUUGCCUCGGACGCGGCGUUCACCAUCUUCACGGGCGACGUGGUCGAGGGGGCGGUGUGGUCGGUGAAUGAGUCGCAGGUGAUCACGGCGCUGGACAAUGCGUAUGAAACGCAGAUGGCCGCGUACCUCAGCCUGGUGUACGCGGUGACGGGCAACCACGACGUGUCGCCGGUGAACUCGUUCCCGCCCGCGGACAUCGACACGACCAUCUCGAGCCAGUGGGCGUACGACACGCUGUCGGCCGACUGGACGCAGUGGCUCGGCUCGACGGUGGCGGCCACGGCGGACGACUACGGGGCGUACUCGAUCAAGUACCCGGACGGCAACCUGCGGAUCAUCGCGUUCAACUCGCAGUUUUACUACAACGAGAACUUCUGGCUGUACGAGGCGACGAUGGAGACGGACCCGAGCGGGCAGCUGGCCUGGCUGGUGACGGAGCUGGAGGCGGCCGAGAGCGCAGGCGAGCGCGUGUGGCUGAUGGGCCAUAUGCCGAUGGGCUCGAGCAGCGCCUUCCACGACGGGUCCAACUACUUCAACCAGAUCAUUGAGCGGUACGACGCGACCAUCGCGGCCACCUUCUACGGCCACACGCACAAGGACGAGUUUGAGAUCGCGUACUCGGACUACAGCGCCCAGAGCGCCGCGACGGCCAACAUGGUCUCGUACAUUGCGCCCGCCCUGACCCCGACGUCCGGCAACCCGACCUUCCGCGUCUACUCGGUCGACCCCGUCACCUUUGGCGUGCUCGACUUCACCGUGUACAUCGCCAACAUGUCUGCCCCGGGGUACCAGGACAGCCCGACGUGGGAGAAGUACUACUCGGCCAAGGAGGCGUACGGGGCCCUGCUGGACCCGCCCGUGACGGACAGCGCGGCCGAGAUGACCCCGGCCUUCUGGCACAACGUCACGGCGCUGUUCGAGGACGACGACACCGUCUUCCAGGACUACUAUGCGCGCAAGUCGCGCGGCUGGGACGUCGACUCGUGCACGGGCAGCUGCAAGACCGACGAGAUCUGCCAGCUGCGCGCGGCCGAGGCGCAGUAUAACUGUGUGACGGUGACGCCGGGGAUCGACUUCAAGAAGCGUUCCUCUUCCUCCUCCUCUGUCUCUGCUUCGGACGAGUGUAGCGGGUCGGUCUUUGGCAAGAUGUUCGGCGACUUUGAGGCUGCCGUGGCCGCGCUGACCGAGGCGGCCGAGGCGAAGCUGGGGGAUGGAUUCCUGACCACUGCUGUUAAUUCUACAUUAAUUAACUAG